CCACAGCCAGUACGGUAACAUUUUUGGAAAAUAAUUACCUUAUGACGACAGUAAGUGCCGCCGCUGGUCUCAUCUUAUUUGCAGCAGUUCUCUGCUUCGUCCUCAGGUUAUUCAGCAAGGCUCGCUUCAACCGUCCCGCGGACCGCAUGGCUAGUGCGGGCUCUCCGCCUACCAUGAUGUCCGCAUUCACGGGCAGCCAUGUCCUGGAUUCCAGAAGGUGUUCCAGAAGUAGUGCUGGAAGUACAGACUACAUGCCUGUAUCAAGAAGAGCCAGCUACAGUAUGCUUGCUCCUCCCUCUAGCUUAGGGUCUCGUCGGCCAAGUUCAUCAUCCAUGAGGUCUGGAUUAUCAUUUCGAACAAACUCUUCGUUUAGAGGAUAUCGAACAUCAAGAGAACCAGUCCGGCGACCUGCCUCUUCACCUGCAGACUCAUCAAUACAAUUCCCACCAAGUCCCUGUAAGGUGCCCAAUCAUAAUCCCCCUCAACAUCAUCAUCAUCAUAGUCAUCAUCCCUUACAUCACAACAGCCCAGUUGAUGAAGAUGAAUCUAUA